AGUUCCGCAUUGCCAAUUUUAAGCCGCUGACGCCUCUUAAGAAGUUUGUGGGAAUCCGCCGCUGUUGAAUAUCUAAAAUUUAAGAUUUAUUUUCUCAUAAAUAUUGUUUCUUUUAGUUUGCUGUCACACGAGUCGACCACCUGCGUGGUGUAGUAAAGUGACAUGCAGGCUAUAAGAAAUAUCUUCCGGGGUGCCUGGUCCUCUGCUGAGAGGCUGGAUGACAAAACUGUGCUCAUCACAGGAGCCAACACUGGGAUUGGCAAAGAGACAGCCAUCGACCUGGCGAAGAGAGGGGCAAAGAUCAUCAUGGCGUGCAGAGACAUGGAGCGAGCACAGGCGGCUGCGAAAGAGGUCAUUGAAAACUCUGGCAAUGAGAAUGUCAUCUGCAUGAAACUUGACUUGGCAGACAGCAAGUCGAUAAGAGAGUUCGCUGAAGCCAUCAACAGAGAUGAGCCGAAGCUCAACAUCCUCAUCAACAAUGCCGGUGUGAUGGUUUGUCCUUACGGGAAAACAGCAGAUGGCUUUGAGAUGCAGAUCGGGGUUAACCACUUUGGUCACUUCCUGUUGACAUAUUUGUUGGUUGACCUGGUUAAAAGAUCGGCACCAGCCAGGAUCAUCACGGUGUCCUCCAUGGCUCACUCCUGGGGCUCCAUAAAUCUGGAAGACAUCAACAGCGAGAAGGGUUACAACAAGAACUCCGCUUACGCUCAGAGCAAGCUCGCCAACAUCCUCUUCACCCGCUCAUUGGCUAAGAGACUAGAAGGCACGGGUGUGACGACAUACUCUCUCCACCCUGGAGUCGUCCAGACAGACUUAUGGCGUCACCUGAGCGGCCCUCAACAGUUUUUCAUGAAGAUGGUCAGUCCUUUCACCAAAAACUCUACCCAGGGAGCUCAGACGAGCAUUUACUGCGCGGUGGAGCCGUCUCUGGACAAAGAGAGCGGAAGUUACUACAGCGACUGCGCUCCUGCAAACUGCUCAGCGGCCGGUAAAGACGACGUCCUGGCAGAGAAGUUGUGGGAGUUGAGCUGUCGGAUGCUGUCGGUAACUUGGGAAUGAGGGGACCUUAAUUCAAAAUAAAAUCCCUCAGUUUACAGAGUUUCUUUGCAAAAUAUCUUAUUUUGACAAAACAGCCAAGUAAGAAAUCAUCUUUAUAUGAUUUUUCUUUCAGUUACAUAUUUUUCAAGCUCUUCUUGACUUUAUGCAGGUUUUUUUUUAACACACUAACAUUAAGCACAUAGCUUCAAAACAUGGCAUAUUUCUAAUUAAGACAGUAUUUAAUAAAUAUAUCAUACAUAGUAUAUCAUUUAUGUAAAGCUCACAAUUCUAAUUCACAGAAAUCACAAACUUAAAUACUUUUUAAUCUAUUUUUAUAAAAGCUUAGUAGUGAAUAUUUAGAUGAAAUUAUGGUAGAAUAAUAGAAAAACUACAAGGUUGUUUUUAUGUUUUUAUGUACCUUUAUUUUCCGACAUUAAACCCAUUGUUACACUCCA